AUAACUAUGUUAUAAUUGUCAUUAUUAAAUAGCGGCAGCUUAUAAAUUAAUUUGUAUACUGGGAAUAAAAACAUUGCGGCAAUUUAAUCAUGGGUGUUGCUUAUUUUAGACUCUCAUCAUCCGCGUUAUUUGAUAUCUAUUAUUAUUUUUAUUUGUACUUUUAAUGUCAGCAGAUUUAUUUAGUUAAUAUUUUUGGUUAAAUAUUUAUUACCAGUAUUUUUGUAACAGGUGUGAUUGACCUCAUUCGCAAAGACAGUGCUAAACUUUAAUUCACCUUGACUAUAAUUUAUUAUUUUUCUUUAAAUAAUCAAUACGAUUAAUACAAUUGUCUCCAUGGGCUUUUAUUCAGACAUUUUCCCAUAAUCUAGUAUAGCAUUAAUUAAUAUAUAUAUAAAUAAAAGAUUUGGGAUGGAAGCUUGAUGAAGCACUUGAAUUAAGCAGUUCUGUAAGGGGAGGAGCUUGCCCGUGAACCCAAGUCUCUUCUGAGCUCGCAGUAGAAGGAAAUGACCGUGCGCCAUACUGCUCGAAAAACCAAUAGUAAGGAACUGUUGCCUUGGCCCAAAAAAUGAUACAGCAAUGUCAUUCUCCGAAAAAUUCUCUGCGGUGAUUGUCACACUGUCUGAAGGGAAAUCUUUCGAUAGCCCGAGUCUAAAGGAUCCUUUGCGUUGGGGCGAACGGAGGCUUACGUCCUAACCUGGACUGCCAAGUCCAAAAUAGCGGGACCACCCAGCGUAUUCGAACGCGCUCCAGACAGAAAUUCCCCGGUAAGCCAUGUCUCUGCCGCGUCACCAGUUUCUCCAUGGAGCUGUGAACUGGGAUGGAGCGCACUUGAGUCCUGUCCAGAUUUCUCAUGUCAGCGCGAGCCCCAUCAGCGCUUCAGGUCGAAAAGAGGACCCCUUCUAUUUUUCUCUGGACCCAACAGGGCAAGCCAGACAGUCUCUGGACAUCUCCGCUUUCAGCAGAUUCAUGACAGAUAUGGGCUCCCUGAACGGCACUGACAACCAUCGUCCAGAACCGAAUUUUUACUCCGGACACAAACUCUUAUCUCUCCAUACCGACACGGAUCCAGAGAGUCCGUCGCACUCUUCCCACUCAGACUCCCAACAGUUGCACAGUUUGUCUUUCUCCGCGCCUUCCUGUUCAGAAACUGACAAUAAGCCCUUUACGCAUUAUUUAACGAUGGAAAGCACUAAAUCCCCAAGCCAGUGGAGUGAAAGCAGAACCAAAGGGAGCAUCAUCACCACACUGAGCAUCAGUCAGAGAAGUAGAGACGACACAGAGCCAAAUAAUCUCCAGACAGACUUUCCCGGGAGCGAUAAAACUCACAGAAAGGGAACGCAAGACGUGACUUUAGAAAACGCUGCAAAUGGCUGGCUGUCGGCGAAAGCAGGGAGGAAGAAGCGAUGUCCUUACAGCAAACACCAGCUCUUAGAGCUGGAAAAGGAAUUCCUAUUCAACAUGUACCUGACUCGCGAGCGCCGCCUGGAGAUCAGCCGGAGCAUACAUCUCACCGACCGCCAGGUUAAGAUUUGGUUUCAGAACCGCAGGAUGAAACUGAAAAAAAUGACACUAGAGCUCCAGACAAGGGACCCUGGCACAAGUUUCACUGUCUAGUUUGCUAUGUAAGACAGUUAAAAAAUACCGAACUCAACGAACAAAUCACUGCGGCUAUCAUCCGGAGCACGUGGAUUGACGCGACUGCUGCUUCUGAUGGAUUAACGGGAGGAAACGAUCAGUCAAAUCUUACCACGGUGUUUCACAAUAUGUGUUCUAUAAGACAAGUGUCAGGGAGAUUAAUUUAAUACCUUGCAUGAGGAUGAACAGAAAAGUGUAACGAAAGAAGAAGAUACGUUUUUGGCAAUUCGUCAGAAGCUUGUCGUAUUCACACAAGGCCCAUGGACAAUGUUUAUUGAUGUCGUUUAAGUUCUGGUCAAAUUUUCAGCGCAUUUAUAUUUAGCAAUCGUCGAUAUUUGAACUAUGUUUUCCCAUUAGCCUAUGAAAAGAUUUUUGUAAAAGGUUAUUAUUAUUGUAACUAGGCUAUGUUAGCUUACUAGGCCUAUGUGCGGAAACUCCCGAGUAAAACAAAAAUCAAAAAUCAAAAAGGGAAUCCAUUAUCAGAGGAGCAGUUACAUAAAGCACAGGUACUGUUUUUUUGUUUUUAAUAUUGUUUCUUGUGUUGUCGUUAUAUAAGCUGGAGUGAAAAGGCACAGUUUCUUCUUCUUCUGCUGAAGUAUGGUAGAAUUUAUAAAUUAAACUGUGAUUUUUAA